AUGGCCACAAGUCUCCAACGGCCCAAGUUGCGUGCCAAGACGGGCUGUCUUCCAUGCCGACGACAGCGCAUCAAGUGCGAUGAGCGAACUCCCGUCUGCCGAGCGUGUUAUGCCUCACGUGUCCCGCGCGAUUGCCAGUGGCCUGUGGACAAAGACCUUGUCGACCGCCGCUUCCGAUCAUGCAAGCUUCGCGAGGUGUCGAAGUCGAAAGUGGCCAAGGGUCAUCGUCAUCAUCAAUCGGUCCCCUCGGCCUUUUUGGCGAUAUCACCAUCGCCGCAGCUUCUGCUGGCCGACUAUGUCAUGGCUCGUAAACGGGAACGAGGUGACAUCGAAUGGACACUGUUCCGCGAGUUCGGCCGUCGGGGAACCUCACUUCUUUUACUACCACAUUGCAGUUCUGUCUUCUAUAAGGCAUGGCAUGGUGCUAUACGGGGCAUCAUGGUAUCGCGCAAGAGUCUGUCCCCUGCUCUCAUGGCGUGUGCCACAUCCUUCGUUUCCGUCAGAGGAGGGCCACCGGGCAUGUGCCAUAUUUCUCAUCAAUACUAUACCGACUCCCUGGCCAGUCUAGCAGGCUCACUCUGUCAAGACUCGCCAGAGAAGGACGAUGAUGUACUUGUCACCAUUGUGCUUCUGUACGCAUUCAACAUCAUAUCCGGCUCCUCCUCGUGGGACGAUCAACCUCAACACGUCAGUGCUGCCAUCAAGAUCAUCAUUUCCCGAGUGCUAAACGCAACAAGCGCUGAUCUUUCGGCUUUUCUCCGUCUGGCACUUGAGAGUGUCCUGUACCAAGUUUUCCUGUUGAACAACGGUCUUUGGUCCAGCGCGACUAGCUACAUAUCCCUCCAGCCGCUGAACUCGGAGUUUUGGGCUCGCUCUGAGAGGCUCUUAAAACAUCCUGACAAUAUGGACUUUGCCCUGUUGAGCCUCAAUAGCCCCGUUCUUGGUAUGCCAUUGGCCGUGAUGCGACUCGCCACGUUUCUCGGCCAGCUUUGCCUCGGAAGAGAAUCAGCAAACAUUGAACAUCUAGUAAAUCUGCAGACCGAGGUCAGAGCCUGGGAAGCCUUUGCCCUGCAGGCUGUUGAACAGACCAAUGCAUCCUAUACGCUAAACAGAGACGCCAACUGCUUAUACGCCAUGAUCGCUUCUAUUCUCAUGCAGCAUCUCAUUGCCUUUGGCCCAAACGCGGGACUGCCCAAGGUGUCUCCCACAGACAGUUGGCAAGCUUGUGUGGCGCUCCAUAUUCUGUCCAGACGUGCUGGUGAUCAUCGCUGGUCCGAGUGUUUCAUCGGAACCUGGCCUGUAUACGCUCUUGGGUUCUUGCUAACUGAACGUGAGGACAGAGAUAUUGUGCGCCGCGACAUGCAAAGCCGGCGGGAGCUCACAGGCUUCUGGAUAGUCAAGCGCUUCCAAGAAGACUUGGAGAGGUCUUGGGCUGGACUUGAGCCAGACUCACCAUCGGCAUCCGUCAACUACAAUAUCCCAGACACACGUAUUUCUGCUGCCUUUCAGCCUCCCAUCCCUAUUAUAGCGUUAUGA